CAUAAUGGCUGCUGUGGAGGAGACACACAGGGCGACCGUUUAGUUAUUAAAAGUUGUCAUAGAAAUUAGAAUUUUGUGUUAGGAUUUAGUGUUGCAUUGUGGGAGUUAGUCCUGGCACCAGGUUCCGACAUGCCUCACUCUUCCUGGAUACAGCCUGUGUACCUGCAGUUACAGUAACGGGAACAGGGGUACCAUCAGAAGCAAUCCAUGGGGACUCCAGAAAUGGACGAACUACAGAGAUCCUAUGUGAGGCUGUGCCAUGAGAGGGGAUCAGAACCCCAGGAGGCCGUGCUGAGGCAGCUGGAGGGCGCCAGGGAAACAGCAGGAGGAGGGAGGCUAGACUUGUCCACUCAAAGCCUCUCCAUGGACUCAUGUGAAGUGCUGGGGAUCCUGCUGCAGAAUGAUGUGACAUUUACCCAUGUGACCUUGAAUGACUGCAUGCUGAGCGAAGAAGGAUCCAAACAUCUUCUUCAUGGCUUGCGUUCCAAUUCUGUAAUAAAGCACCUUGACUUGAAGGGCAAUAAUUUGCGAGCUGAGGGUGCUGAGGUUUUAGGAAAGUUUUUGAGACACAACUCGUCGCUGAUCAGCUUGACCCUGGAGUGGAAUAACCUGGGCAUGUUAGACAAUGCUUUUUCUCUGUUUUGUGAUGGGCUCUCCUUCAAUCAAACACUGAGAAAACUGGAUCUGCGCAACAACCAGAUUAACCACACGGGGGCAGAGGAGCUGUCUAUGGCCCUGAAACACAACUUCUCUUUACAAGAACUUGAUCUGCGCUGGAAUAACAUGGGUUUGCUUGGAGGGAGGGCCAUGCUGAGCUGUAUGGAAACUAACCGAAAUCUGCUGAAGCUGGAGCUGUCUGGGAACAACAUCCCUAGUGAUAUCUUGAAGGCGAUUGAGCAGGCUGUUGAACACAACCAGGAAAGACAGACAUUGAAGAGAGAUACUGUAAACCAGAGGCAGAUCCUCACUAAAGAAGUCCAAAGUCUGAAGCAAGAAAAGAAUAAGCAGUUCCUAAACCUGAUGGACACCAUUGAUCAGCAGAAGGAGGAAAUGAACCGCAGCAACAGCAGAACAACCACUCUGCGGCUCGGAAAGCUUCAGGAAGCCUUGGAAGACCGGAAAUCGGUGGUUAACUCCUUAAAAUCCAAGUUGCAGAUGACGGAAGCCAACUUGGCUUUAUCACUGCAGAAAGCACUAGACGUGGAGAAGCUCCUGAGCCACACAAAGCAAACUGGCAUUAGCAUGAGGGAACAACAGGCCAAGGAACUGAGGAAGGAGAAGGAGGAGUCUGCAUCUCGGGAAGCAAAACUUAGGCAAGAAUUGGCAUCUGCACAUGAGAAAAAUCUUUAUUAUCGCAGCAAGGUGGAUGAGCUGGAACGGCGUUGCAAAGCCCAGCAGCAACAGCUGUUUGAUCUGAAGCAGGAGCUGACGGACACAGGGGCUGAGCUGAAAAUCAGAGCAAUGCAGGCUGAAGAACUUCUGGAAGCUGAGAAGAAGAGAUUCCGUCAGUCAAGAGAUGACACGGUUGUUUUACAUCAGAAAGAGGUGGACCACAUGGCACGUCUCUUGGAGGACAGUGAGAAAGCCGCCCAAGAAAGGAUGCAGCGCCUGGAAGUUACAAAGUUGGGACUGGAGGAGGAGCUGAAUAGGCUGAAGGUAACCUUAGCCAAUGAGAGGAUUCAUGCAGCAGAGGAGAUCCAAAAGGUCCGCAGUGCGACACAGCUGGAGGAGCAGCAGCAUUCUGCCGUUCUACAGGACAAGCUACGGACCCUUGCUCAGUCCCGAGAUCAGGCUCAGAAUCAAGUUCUACAGCAACAGCAGCAGACAGGAGAGCUGCAGGCCCAGAACAGCCAACUAGGCCUUGAAAUAGAGUGUCUGAAAAGGAGGAUUGAUGGGUUCAAUCAGGAACUGGCCAAGAAAGAGCAACAGAAAUUGGCUGAAGUCACAAAAGCGCGCCUUGAGCUUCAAGAGCGAAUCGGACACCUUGAAGCAGAGCUGGUGGCUCAGGAGGGCCUUAAAGAGAAAAUAAGCACUCUGGAGAGGCAGCUGAAAGUGCAAUCCAACUCCCAACGUGAGAUGAUGCUGGACAAGGAGGGUGAGAUCGCUUCAUUGGUGGAGAAACUUCGAAUGAAGGAAGCAGAGAUUUUGAGGAUGCGAGAGGAGGAUGCACAGAGAGCUAGUCUGCUACAAAAUGCCAUUUUAUCCUAUAUCCACAGAUCUCCACUUAAUAAGUAGAAUGUGCCCGACGUACUAUGCAAUUCCAGGGACAACCUGUGAACAGACUGUCUGUUUUUACCCAGAAUCCUUAUGUUGUGCCUUAUUAUGAAAGCCAUGGGGCAAAUUGCCUCCUGUCCCCCCAGUCAGUAAUGUGUGAAAGGUCUAUGAUCAUGGCAAAUUAAUUUAUUUUAUACUGUGAUGUAUUUACAUAUUUUUAUAAUAGUGCCCUGAUUUUUUUUGAUUUUUUUUAAAUAAAUCUUUCUAUUUCUUUUGUA